UAGUGUUGAGCAGUUCACAGAAAAACCGGAGACAGGUUGCAAUUCCAACGUCGAACGUAGGAUCGACCAUUUGUUGCAUCAUAUUGGUGAUAAAACUCUCCGCAGCAGAACUGAUGAAUCAAGUGAACGAUAACUGAAAGGGCAGUAAUUCAAUACACGAUUCAAUUUAGGUUUAUUUAGUUGGUUUAGUGCUGCUGACCGGUAGUGCACAAAAACAAGCUUUUUUCCUGUGUUUUGAAAAUUGACGUUGCUAAUCUAAUUGAAUGAAAAAUGACCGAACAGCUGAACUAGACCGUGUGCAAGUGAUUGUAAAAUUUGUUUGAAUUCGCUUAUAAAUUGGUGAAGUGAAUCUAGCUGACAGGGAGCGAAAAAACGGAAAAUGACUGUUGGCACUAUUCGCUACCGAGCAAAAUCUGCUCUGAUGGUGGCCUUUGCCGUUUGUUUCUGCUUAGAAUAUGUUAAAGGCGGUUGCCUUAGCUACGGUCACUCCUGCUGGGGAGGACAUGGCAAACGGUCCGGUCCACCUGGACGUGCAGUUGCAGUCCGAACCAUUCCGGCCCCGCCAGUUUCAUCGCCCGAUUUACUGUGGCCCAACAUCGAGCAAAGUGACCAAAUAGCAGCAGGGAAUAAUGGGGGUGCCUUCGAGAUACCAGCCGGCUCCGUUUACUACCAACCGAGGAUUAGAGCGUUCCGAUUUCGGCCGGAAGAUGUAAUGAACCUACCUGAAGUCGAUGUGGCAGAUGCAUCUUCAUUGGCCUCGGACGAAAAUUAUGCGGACAGAUCUACAAAAUCGACCAUUGAAGACACCGGAAGGGUCGUUGAAUCGGAGUUUCAAAAAAGCCCCAACAACCGAGAGGACCAUUUACGGUCGGAGCUACAGCGCCGCAAAGUGAUGACCGCUCUGCUGGCGACCGCAACUGGAACCGAACCGGGCGAUUUGGAUGAGAACAGCUACGAACGACUUUUUCUGAACCCCGGUGUCGGUGCCGGGCUGCGGGAACCUAAUCAUAACAAACUGCUGAAACUGUUGGGACUUAACGCCCAAGUACGGAAGUACGGUCGAAGCUCGUAAAGAGUUCGCGAGCUGGAUCAAGAUACUGACACAUGAUUUUUUUUGUUUUACACUUUCGAGUGGGUGGAAAGUUUAUAAUCGUUAUUGCUGUCGUAGAUUCAGUAACACAUCAUAUUAACAGUACGUGCCGAUGCCAGUGCUGCCCAUCGUUAGGCUGGAAGCUGGGCAGGACUCGCUUGCACGCCGAGACAUUUCUUCUAUUCAGGAUUUGGGAUGAUUCAGCGGAUGAUCUCAUCAUACUUCCUAACUUAUAACACACGAUUAUUGCUAUUCGAACAAACGUAAGGUUAAUGCAAUUUGUUGAUGAAAAAAAUUGAGCGCUUGUAUAUAGGCUUUUUUUAGUUGAUAAGAAUCUGAGCCUUCGUCGUCAUUUUUUUUAUUUGCCUUCGAAAUCCCUAUCGAAAAGAGGGGGCAAAGACCUAUGAUUGAAGUUAGGGAUAUGAUGUUGCAUAUCAUACGAACAACUCUAAGCCAGACUCUGGUAAUUUUCCUCUAUUGGUCCCGUAAGAGUAGUUGAAGAUUAAUUGAACUCAUGUGCUUCUGAUGCAUCAUCUUGAGAAGAAAAAAAAUGCUGCGUUGAAACAAGCAUCAUGACAAGGAUUUUAAUUAGGAUGUACUGCUGUUACCUCACUCAUAUCAUUUUCCAGGGCACAAUUUCCGAUAAUGCAACAGAUUGUACAUGCUACAGGGGUUAUCGGAAGACUACGAAUCGAUCGAAAAUUAUCUUCCAAUAACCGAACUUCUGUGAAAAUUGAUUGUCGUGAAAACUAACUGUCAAACAGUUAAUAAAAUUUUUAGUGUCUUUUUAUUAAACAAAUGAAAUAAUUUUGAAGAGUUUAUCGAAUGGAUUGAGGUACAGGUGCUAAUCGCCCUUAUUUUUUCGCUCGUAUUUCAUUCGUAUUCCCAAUAACGCUAGCAAAAUCAAAGGUAGCUAUGAUUCGAUCGAACCACAUUCGAUCGAAAAAUCAAUACGUCGUUAUUCAGAAUAAGGGCGAAUGUUUUUAAAACAUUAGAGCCACUUAAACCGACGACACGACCUGCCACUCGUCUAUCAAAACUGUAUCGUAAAUUUAACUACCCCUCAGUAACUGGAAAUGUCAAAUCGAAAACGCUAGUGAUUUUUUUUAAACUGGCAGCACAAGUUGAUAUAUUUAUUGAUUUUGAAUAACAGUCACCAUAACCAUGGUUACUGCCUAUCGAAGGCAAAAUGAAUGUAAACAAAAUAAAUUUCAGAUCGGUUAUUAUAUUACGGAACAUUUUAAUGGAUUUACCUGCCUCGAGCGUAAUGUAAAAAUUGAAGAGUAUGAGUUAUGUCUUUUAUAAAGCCAAGUUCAAAAUUCAGGUCUUAGGGACAUUGGGAUGCAUAAUUCACUGCUGACUUGAAACCGUUGUGUGAUAACAGCUCAGCGCAAACGAACGAGGAAGACAUGGAAAUGACCGACAACGAGCUGAGCGAGGCUAGUGCUCUGCGGUACCUGCAUAACGUACGGUAAAAUGAUUUCUUUGUGGAAUUCCACUAGUAAUCCUCGAAUAGUGGCCAACAAGGUGAAAUACUGUUUCCACUGCAAUCAAUCGACACAAAACAAUUUUGACACCGGCAUAUUAAACCGAAUCCUACUGCCCAGAAAAGCUAGCAGUUGAAGUGUACGGAUGAAUCGCUGGAAGCAGAUCAUUGUCCUCGUUCGUUGGUUUCAUCCAUAGUUUCGAUUAAAUUCCGAAAAUCGAGUUCAUUUAAAUGCAUUUCUGGUUAAUUUGGACAAAGUUUAACACUAAUAGAACCAGGCACGUACCCAGAGGGGGAGCCGAAGGGGCCCGGGCCCCUCCCGAAAUCGAAUUAAAGUAAUUUCCAUUUUGGGAUUUUUAACUUUUAUUUCCGGAAUCAGGAACAGAAAUGAAUUUUUUGGUUAUCAACUAACAAGAUGUGCUAAUUAGAAUAUUUUAUCAAUCAGUUUUAAAUAGCCCGCUUCUUUAUGCAAUCGAAUUUAUUUUCGAGGCUCAAAAGUCGGGUUUCACAGUGAUUACAAUCAAUGUCAAACUUAAAGGAAAUGGUACUGGAUGAUCAGAAAGUGCCAUUAUGAUUAGUACUGAGCAAACAUAUCAUAGUUUUAGCAACAUUCUGCGAAUGAAAAAGAUGUCCUGCCGCUGGAUGUUGCACUUGCAUACUCAGGAUGAAAAAGAUGAACGCGAGCACGCUUGAGAAGCAUGUUCGCCUAUGCUGAUAAUGAUGGUGUCGGUUGGUUACUGUUGACUUACUCCAUUAUUAUACGCCAGAGAACAGGACAUUACCGAUUUCGGUAAUAUAAGUAUAAGUGUGAAUUAUUGGAGCGAUUGAAAAUCGGUGUGAGCUCUGAGAAAUUUAUGUGAGUUCCGUUUCGAAGUUUUUGAAUGCUACUAAGAAAUUUUUUCUUUUGUUACAUCAUCACUCCCAAUUAGGAAUUUAAAUUUUAUACUCAUCACCCUGUAAAAUUUCAAAUAUAUUCAUGCAUAUAUUCCCCUGAAAAUCUCAAAUAUAUUAAAAAAUUUAAACUCGAAAAAAAGUACGCGAACUCCAAAUUUUUUUUAAAGAAUGAAGCACGGAAUUGGUAUAGCGAACAAAAAAAAAGAUCGCGGCAAUUUAAAAAAUCGGUAAAUUUUUACAAACGUCUACUAAAAACGUGAUUUUCAAAAGUCUACAAAAAAGUCUGCAACUGAAACAUGUCUACAGCUUAUUUUAUAAAUCUGCUGAUUUACAAACAAAUCUGCAGGCAUCUCUGAUCCAGACACGGAAGUUGACUCGAUGAAAUUAAAUAGGAUCACGUGGGAUUGUAAGGCACUUCAUUUGAAUAUAAAUUUGUUAAAAUCAGCUUGACCAUAUGUUCGACAAAUAACCAACAAAUUUUGCAAAACUAGAAGAGCUUACUGAAUAGUUUCGAAAUAUUUGUUCCUUCUUAUAUCGUGGCUUAUAAGAACACACCAUUGAAAUUGAAGGUUUUAAUACUCAUCACUCAGCUUUCCCAGAACUAGAAGUCGAAUUCGAACUAUGGGACUAGGACUAGAAGAAAUGUAAAAAUCGAUCCCUUCCCUUUGACACAUAGAAAUUUUUGCUUAAAUCUCUCAUUGUCCAAUCCGAAAUAAUGUACUCACAUUUCACUUAAAAUGCAACAUACUUGCACUCACUCUUUAAUAAAAAAUAAAACAAAAAAUACUAAAUGCACAAGAA